CCACAAUCCACACGGUAUCGUAGCAGGCCCUCUGUUUUUCUUCUAUAGACUCUCCUACUUUUAUCACAGGCCGCCGCCUCUUUUUCCUUCCCUCUACAUUUAAAGAGAAUCCUCAGAUAUCCCACGCUAAUGUCGAAUCCAAGCUCCGAGGCAAUUGCCUCCAGUGUCGAGCAUAAUCCUAUCCUCUCUACCGUAGGAGACUCCUCUUCGUCCAAGUCCGUCGACUCGCCUAAUACUCCCGUCGACUCGCCUGAUGCCCCCGUCGACUCACCUGAUGCUCACGCCGGUAAGUACUACGAAGCCGAUGCCGGUGACGGAACAACAGCUCAGGAACAAUACCUCACUGGUGUUCCACUCUACCUCUCUGUGCUCGCAUGUGUUCUCUGUCUCUUCCUCACGGCCCUUGAUUCCACCAUCGUUGCAACCAUUCUUACCGUUGUGGGGAACGAGUUCCAUUCGUUCAACCAGAUCGGCUGGCUUACUGCCGGUUUCCUCCUUCCAAUGGCCGUGUUGGCGGCCACCUGGGGUAAACUUUCCAUCGUUUUUGGCCGUAAAUGGACCAUGGUGGUGUGUGUCGUAGUUUUCGAAAUUGGUUCUCUCAUCUCCGCGUUGGCAAAUUCUAUGGAUAUGUUAAUCGGUGGUCGUGUGAUCAGUGGUAUCGGCGGUGGUGGUAUUCAAACUCUCGUGUUCGUGAUUAUUUCCGAAUCUGUACCAAUUAACAAACGUCCUAGCGCCCUUGCGUCUGUCGGCUGUACCUUUGCGGUUGCCUCCGUACUCGGACCGUUACUUGGUGCCGCCGAGAAGGUUGCCAAGAAGGUAGUUAUGGCCAGUAUUCGUAACGUCUUCUACAUGUCCAUUGGAUUCUUCAUCUGCUGUGGCAUCGCGGUGAUUUUCACUUCUAACGAAAGAUUGCCAAAGGAGAGUGAAAUGGAAAAGGCACAAGAUGCUGCAGCGAGAACUGCAGCGGAGAAAGAAAAGAACGACUCGGAGAGAGAAGCCACUGAGGAACCAUGAGUUUCAACAUAACUGAUGGGGUCUCUGAAUCGCGGUGCGAACCAUAUUCCACCCUCUUUUUUAUAUUUCGGUGCCUGAAUUUCAUCUCCAGGAUCUCUGCCAAAGGCUUAGCUGUUUGUGCGUAUCGUGUCACAGCUCUAGUUGUCAGUCAUUAGAGAAAACAAGCUGGUACCGAUACCUGCGGUAUUCAAAGAGUGACGUCUUUCAGCCUUGUUAAUGUAUAUAGUGUGAAUAGUAUUUUAUUUUCAUAGAUAUCAAGUCUACCAUUAAUCUUAGAAAUACCGCAAGGU